UUUACAGAGUGCUUGGAGCCCGCAUCAAGAGUAAUCAGCCGCUGGAAGAAUGGGAACUACUACAAGGGCGAGAUUGAAUCAAUUACUAACAGGGUGAAUGUGCUGUUUGACAACGGAGCUCGACUUGCAUUUAACCCCAGGGAUAAUGUGGAUAUUGUUGUGGACCGUAUUCCGGAACAGAACGACCUACCUUGGGGAAGUCAGAUUCUGGUUAAUCGUCCCAAGUCUCGCGCGUUCGAGAUAGGUUACAUACGGGACAUCAAGAAUGGCCGAUACGUGAUUUUGUACGAGGAUGGAGAUAUGAUACUGCACUCACGUGAUCAAAUACGGGCAUUUAAUAAAUCAAAAUUAUGUGGUGAGUAAACGAUGAUAAAAUAAGAACGCCGAGUGUGGAGCUGAAGCAGAAAUAAAAUUUAGUACUCUUUUGGGAAAUACAAGAGGUUGUAAAUUACAUGAAAUAUAUCAAUAUCCAGGACAAAAUUGAAUUAAUUGCUUGAUAGUAUAUUUUUUAACGAAAAGCCACUGAAAGUAAGAAGCUUCCGAAAGAAAAUUCAAAUUACAAAGCUCACCUUUAAAAGAAUUACAUAUCUCAGAUAUCAAGCAUGGUAACGAGUGCUUAUGUUUCGCAUCACUAUUUUUCAGAUGAACCCGCAUACUUGGGUUGUUUCCAUGACAACCUUCCGAGGGAUCUUGAGGUCUAUAUUCCCACUCACCCGGCCACCAUCGGAGCAUGCGUGGAUACGUGCAAAUGGCAAGGGUUUAGCGUUGCAGCGUUGCGUAAUUCAGAUCUGUGUUUCUGUGGAAAUGCUUACCGGAAGGCCAAUCAAGUACCAGAUGCAAAAUGUGAUAUGCCUUGCUAUGACAACUCGUUCGAAGUGUGCGGUGGAUUCAUGACUUUCUCACAGUAUUGGACGGGUAAGACAAAAAGCAAAACAUGUGCUCAUCAAAAAAAUUCUCAUCUGUAAAUUCUCUCAUUUCGUAGAUAUUCGUCAAAGUAAUGUGUUCUAAAGAGAGUUUAUUGUAGAUGUAUCAGUUUUAAUGUACAAUGCAUUCAUUUUCCCAUUUCUUUUGGAUAUCUUGUGUUCAAUAAUGAAGAAAUGUGAAAAAUGGCCUGUGAAAAAUUCAGGCCUGUACGGGAUUUCGAACUCAUAAACUUUGCGAUACUGGUGCAGUGCUCUACCAACUGAGUUAACAAGCCAAUUGGGAGCUGGUCUUAACGUUGGUUCCAAUUAAACUCGCGAAGAGAUGAAUAAAUAGCUGUGAAUAUCUGAAAAUCACAUAUGUGAACUGCGGAUAAAGACGUGAACUGACCUUAUUUUCACUACUGUUCGAGUGGAGUUCACUACUGCAAAGAUUGCUUUCAUAUUCAAGUCUUUAUCCGCAGUUCACAUAUUUGAUUUUCGAAAAUUCACAGUUAUUUAAAGAAGAUAUGGCCAGCCCAGUUAAGCUCUGACAACCAACAGGUCCGUGCUUUCACGGUACUUAAAUUUCUCGACAUAAAGUUUUUAAAUUCUAAAUAAAGUGUGUAAGGUUUUCAACAAUCCUUUUUUCUCUUGUAUUUUCUUCUCAGGAAUUGUGGACUUCCCGCCCGCUGAAGGAUUUUCUGGUAUGAAAACUCACUCGCAGUCAAAAUUUGAAUUCUGCCGCAAAACUGCUAUAACUCGAGAAGAAGUACCUGUCAACAUCAUUUAACAUCUUUACAGCUUGUAAUUUACAUCUGAUUAGCUGUUCUUUUGAAUCCUGUUAUCAUUACAAUAACUCCUAAUCGCUUUUCGUUUCGUCUUUAACUAUCACACGAACGUUCUUACAAAGGCAUAAAAAAUACUUCGAAUAAAAACUUGAGCAUAAUUGCAUUACUAAUUAUCAUGUGUUGGGGGCAAGCAAAAUAAAUCUGUAUUAAUACAAUGGAACAAAUCCAGUAUUCCAUACAAUAAACCACUUAACUGUACCCAUAUUCAACAGAACCAGGUUUGAAAGAAAAAUAACCAAUAAAUUUGAUUGCGUUGACUUGAAUUUUCCAUGCUGAUUGCAUAACUUAUUUUUUCCGUACAGGGAUACAGAAGCAUUUUAUUCCAUCAAACCAUCCAAUCCCUUGGCAACUGCUCAUGCACGGUAACAUUGAUAUUAAUGAUAUUCUUGUCUACUGAAAAGAACUUCUAUUUUGGCCCCGUAUUUUAUGCUCUUUGAGUAAAUUGCAUUACUUCCCCCGUUUGGAAAACUUAGAACCUCUUUUCCCAAGUAUAUCCCUUAUUGAGAGGUAUUUUCAUUUCUCAUCUAGAAUCAAAUUAACACUUGUUAAUUAAUUCUGAAUUAAAAAUCUUUGCUCAAUUUACACGAACAUUAAUUUCCCAAAAUCAGGUAGUUACUUAGAACAGCGCUCAAAGGCCAUAAAAAAUUUUAAUAAUGCUAUUCUUCUGAUCAUAGCUCGUUCAAGAUAUCCUCCUCGAAAUAUGCCUGGAUCGACGCGCGGCGCGGCCUGGUACCAAUCUUAUCCAUACAGAGGUAUGAGUUGAUGAGGGGCUGUACAAAAGUCAUAAAGAAUUUGGGUGAUACCUUGUUACCUUUAUUAACUUCUCUUAGGUUUGCACCUAGUAUGCUAUAAAAGUGAAUCUUCUUUUCCUAGGAGUGCAGCAAGUGAGUGGGUCGAGAAAUUAUUCCCCGACAUACCAAGGUUCGUAAAACGUAUCUUAAUAGCAGCCCCUUUGACAUGAGAGAAUUCCUGUACAUACCCGUAAUAAUCAUGCCCAUAUUUUCCAAAUUUCCAGUUUCGGGCAAUUAACCUCUUCUCUACACCAACCUGUUAUUCACUAAAUCGCGAGGUGCUCGAUUAAUCACCUCUUGGAACCUUUGCACGAAGGGGAAAUGUCUCAAUAGCUGAAUAGUUUAGCCCGUCUAAAUUUGGAUUGUCGUCCUUUCGUAUACUGCCCUUGACUGGGGUCAAAACGGAAUCUUCUCGACACGCUCUCCCCCGGAGUUAGAUGUUUGUGCGCAAACUAGUUUUUAAAGUGGGGAAAGGGAAAGAAGGAAUAAGGGGGCAACAUGAAACGGAAGUAUUUACGACCAACUGACCUCGCCUCUAAUAGGGAGAUCAUACAGUAGUUUUCCGACAUAAUAUGUCGCGAAAAUUGGAAACUUCUGUCACCGUGGAAAGCUCCUUAGCUCCUUUUAACCUCUUCGCUCAAAUUCCCUAAUUUGAAGAACGUUCGUUUGCCUCUCUUUUACUAGGUGAUAUUUUCAUAUACAUGGAAUUAUCUCGUGUUUUGUGUUUUUUCUCCUGCAGCUAAUCAAUUGUACCCACCAAGUAGUUAUCAAGGAUAUCAACAAUAUUACGGGGGGAAACCAUGUAAGUAUAUUUUAUCAUAUUCAAGGUGACACAUCGAGGAGUAUCUUAGGUUAAAAGAGAAUUCUACGUUCUUUCAGAUACAAAUUUCAACAGGAAUCAUUUUCAACAGCCCUCUUCGGCAUAUAGUUACCAAGCAGGAGGUAGGUUAUUUUCCACACAUAAUCUAUUCACCUAUUUAUGUAUCUGGUUCAAUCUAUACAUCAUUGCCUAGUUACGGUUUCGUUAUCUGCUCAGAUUUUACUGUAGACUACGCGUAGUCCCUCCUUUACGGCUAAGUCCUUCGCGCAAGUCCAAAGAUAGAAAGAAUCAGCGAAAAAAAAGUGAUGUUACUGCACUGCGUGAAAUUUUGGGAGUCCCGCGCGUCGCGAUAACAUCAAUUUUUUUUUCGCUGAUUUUUGUUUUUUGACUCCGACUUCGCCGAAAAUAAGAGAAUGAUAGUAGUCUAUAUUGUCCGGUGUAAUUUCAUAGACGUUUUAAAUUUGUCCUCUCAUUAUGUAUCUGUUCCUUAGCUGCAAAUAAACAAGCAAAGGUGUACAGUGCAUACCGAGGUCAAGCAUACCGCUGGCCUUACAACUACAACAGCUACAAGUAUAGCAACUACAACGUUCAAAAGGGAGCCACGAACAGACCAUACAAUAGUAAGCGGUAUCUUUUGUAAUUGUCUCUGAUUUUAUUUCAAGGGAAAGGGUGUGGACAUUCUUACGAUAGAUGCAGCAGUGAAGGAGGCUACAUUUUAAGGGAAAGAAACGAAAAAGCGAAUGUGAUAGUAUCGAUCUUUCAAAGAAUUGGUGUUUUAAAAUAAGUAUACCAUUUUGAGCCACCUUUAGCACAAAUAGGAGCAUAUUUGUAUGCUCAAAACGAGAAAACUACUCCGCUGAGGCCUUAUCAUAGAUGAUACCAACAAAGGUACAUGCUUACAAGCUACUAAUUAUUGAACUGCGAUUGACUUUUCCUUGUAGGUUAUCAGACUACGUAUCAAAGGAGACCCGCACCCAGACCGUCGCCCCAGGAAUACGCAAAAUUGAUGGGUAAGAAAUUUGACAGGGCUGAAGUGCAACUAAGCGGCUGGAAAGACGAAGAUUCCCUAAGACAAUAUCACAUGGUGAAUUUCUGUUUAAAAACAAACCAAAACGUCGGAGAUAUAAAAUAUGCAAGAUCAUCAGCGAAGUUUGUCUAACAGUAGUUGUAGUUGGGAAUUUCUCUGAGGAAAAGAUCGUUUGUAAGUGAAUGAGCCUGCCUCAUGUGGUUUUGAAUACUUACAACAUGUAAGUCUGCAGCUUUCUGCAGAGCAUGCAAAGUAAUUCAGUAAUUAAUGUUACUAAUUUUUAACAAGUGGACGGUUGGGCAAUGAAAAGGUCAUUAACACUCCUAACAUAACUGCAUGUUGCACGUUGUAAAAAAUUGCAUUUCUUUUUACCAAGGUAUGCUCAAAAAAGUCAGUAGGAAACUAUUCAAAGAAAUCACUGGAACAUCUAAGUUAGGUACGAAUGAAAACAAGGAAACCUUGACAGCAGCUGCACAGUGUUUUUACGAUAACUGUGAAUCUGGGCAUGAAUAAAUACAGGGAAAUUCAUCAUCUUUCAAUUUAUAUUGUGUCUGUUUGAUUUUUUAUUUCAACCGCCCAGGGAUGUUAGUGCUCGACUGACUAACGAAAGGGUGCAAAAAUGCAAGAUAACCAAAAUAAAAAUAACUUUCAAUCCAAUUGUUCGAGAAGAUGUUACAUGAAUGUCGAAGCGAUCUUCGCAGGAAUGAACAUUACUUAAGCGGUAUUGAAAAAGGUCUGGAAAAAAUUUAGGCCUGUAAAGGUAUUUGAACCCAGGGCCUCUGUGAUACCGGUGCAGCGCUCUACCAACUGAGCUUACAAGCCAACGAGGAGCUGGUCACUAAGUUGGUUCCAAAUAAACCGUGAAGCCCUAUGGGUUCGUGCAAUUUUGUUGUCUUUGGAAAAUUCACUCGUGCCUAUAAACACCAAAUUGCACUCGAAAUCAUGUUCUUACUUAUACUUAUUGUACGAUAGGACUGUAACUUUAGUCUCCCAGUUUUAUUUGUGAAGACAUCACUGUUAAGCUUUUGUUGUUGUUGAUUUAGCGUUGGCUGCUCCUCGAUUCUUGGGUUGUUAUCAGGAUUCCGAGUCACGUGAUCUUCCCACGGAAAUUCCUGUCAAACCGCUGACCGUAGAAGGUUGUGUGGCUAAGUGUAGAGAAACUGGAUUUUCCAUCGCUGGUCUCCAGGCCUCUACGCAAUGCUUUUGCGGCACGACAUACAGCAAGUACGGGAGACUCAACAAUAAGCAAUGCUCGAUGCGUUGUACUGGAAACUACCAGGAAAUAUGCGGUGGAGUCAUGAUGAACUCCCUAUACUACACAGGUAAAAUAGGGGGUUUUUAGUGUCGUCUACUGACUUUUUUUUAAAAUAAAAAAAGGCAAACUGAAAAUAAAAAUCAAAUCCUCCUCACUUUAUUCCUUCUGGUGUGCACUUAAACGCAGACAAGUUCUCGUUUAAACCUCAACGUUAUAGGAUCAAUCUGAUGGUAAAUGUUCUGACGGCACUAAUAAUUUGCGCCUCUCGUCUCAUGUCUGCUAAUAACUGCCAUGAUUCUCUCUAUUUCAGGCGUUGGUCAGGCCAUUCCAAAUACACCACCAUCAGGUGAGUUCUUGCUCACUUUUGUGAUCAAGACAAACUCUUGUUACAGUCAACCUUCCCUUUUAGGCAGCAGUACAAGACAGAAAAUACACCUCUAAAACAAAAACCUAGAGUCAUCCCCUGGCGUUCGAAUUUUUCAAACAUUACACGUGUUUAUAUCAUUUUGGAAAGCGUCAACGAAAACAUCUAUCACAAAUAGAACUUUUUUCCCACUAAUCAUGAAUCAGAUAGAUUCCACAGAAAAUAUAUCUAUAUCUCUUCAAAACAAAUGUAAAUAUUUUCACAUUAUUGAAGAAACGACAAUAGACUGACGAAAAAGGUUCAAUUUGUCGUUUGCCUUUUACAAGAAACUGAAGUGGAUCUAAGUCUUGGUGUUUUUUUCAAAUCUUCCUAAUAUAGACACUUAGUAUUCGAACGAACGAAGACGAAUUAGCACAUGUGAAAGGGGAGAUCUUAUACAUAAAGUGUUGUUCAACUACUGUGACGUAGCGAAAUUUUUUUUAUUUCAAAAAAGUCACUUCAAAACCUGACAUUUUGUCCUUUUCCUUACUUUUUCUGUAGUAAAACUAAGGACUCAACCGAUCACCUUCACAAAAAACACGCCUCCAAAUUCCCAUACAGAAAAUCAGUCUCAACACAUGCCAAGACCUCUAGUUCAGAAGAAGCCAUCAUCUUUUCACGGGCCUCGUUUGCCAAAACCCAAGCCUAAAAAUUCCAAAAUCAUAGAUAAAACUUUCAAUAUCAAGCCAAAGGAAAUAACACAACCGAAACAUAGAGGCGACGAAAGUAAAGGAAAGCCACUUCCGAUACAGGACUAUGCAAAGUUAACAAAGAUGCUUCAAAUGUUAUCGAGAUGGCAGCAGCCACAACCACUCAAGUUGAAGCCUGUUAGUAAAAUCACGAAGAUCAACCCAACACUUAGCUACCAGGAGCUGAGGAAAGUACUUGAAGACAUGACUCCAGAUAUUGUAAAAAAAAUUGCCAACCAAAUUAUUGCUCAUGAUCGAAACAGGACCAGACUUAGCGACAUGAAGCCCCUGUCUGCCGAGAAAAGUUUAGAGGUGCAUUUGGCGAGCAAAUUGGCAGGCAAUAAAGAUGCAGGGUUUAAAAGAGUGCAUGUGAAGAGCCCCAACUACAAGAAUUGGAGUAGCAAAGGGAAUUACAGCUAUUCACCAAAAGUAAGGAACAAACAUGAAGAUUUUGUUCUGGAGGACGAUGCUAAACCGAUAAAGUUACAUAAAAACGGUGAAACAACAGAAGUACCACCGAAAAACAUUUCAAAACAAAUUUUAUCCAAAGGAAAAGACCUGAAAGUUCUAUCGUCGGUGUCAGAAACUGGAGACAAAGAAGUCGAAGGUGAUUCAGAAACAAGUGAGGAUCAGUUUCCUGUGGAAAACAAUAAAUUAGGCAGUGAAACAGAAGAAUCUCUAAGGUACUCAACACAGAGAAUUUCUCCCGUUCAAACUGCAGAUGCAAAUAUAACUCAUCGCUUACCUUCGUUUAUUCCUAUGGCCGACAAAAGAAGAAAACACAAAUUGAAACACAAAGGGAAGCAAUCUUACCUCUUAAACAGUCAACAAGAAGGAAGUAAACAACCUCAUGAUCAUGAUGAUUCAAAAUCAGAUGUGAAAUCUAACAAACGGACAUUCGUGAGUUUUAUCAUAAAGGAAAGCCACGGAAAGAAAAGGAAACCCCUCAUGACAAAAAGCGACUCUUCGCGAAAGAAUGCACAUCACAGAAAAACUGCACAUACAGCUCGUGCCAAUAUCUCUAGUAUCCAAGAAAAACCACACGCUCUAGAGAAUGCUUCGGUUCAAAAUAAAACAAACCAAAGAGCAGUUCACACUGCCACAGAAGCAGUUUCGUCAACAAGUGGUGAAGAACCCACAGAGGAGAUUGACGAAGUCUACGCAAGCGACAUAUCAAAAAAUAACAUCAUUGAGACAAAGAACAUAAAGAAAACUGGCACAAAACUUGGUACAACGACUGCUGAAAAAGUAGUAAAUAGUUCAAUUAGAACAGGAGUAAAGCAGUCAAAUAAUACGCUUCUACAACAAGCAAUCAAGAUUGCAAAGAAAAAGAUCACACAUCCAUUAAUACUUCUGAAGUAUCCAGGUAUUCCACACAAAAUAUUACACGUGGAGGCCAAGUGGAAUGGCCAAUUUAAAGUUAAAGCAAACUGGAAGGAUGAGUCCGAAGCAGUAAAAAAACCUUCGAAAAAUUCUUUUGUAAAGAAAACUACGGUAAAAUUAAAGGAAAACACAUCUAAAGGCAAGGAAAGAAACAAAGGUGAUGACGAAGGAAAUGACGGUUACAAAUUCGAUGAUCGUGGCUCUCGAAAUAACCUUGUGUGGAAAAAAUAUCGAACACUGAAAAGUGAAGUACACUAA